AUGCGUUUCUCUGCUGUUUCCACUGUAAUCGCCCUGUCCCAGAUCGCCGCCGCCACGGGAACGGCCCAUGGCGAGGGCGAGCUGGGCAACAGUAUGGGUCCCGUCGAUUUCAUGUGGCCUUCAAGCCGUCCGUGGAGCGCCGAGACAGACAACAUCGCGCCCUGUGGUAGCCCUUCUGGUGUCACCAAGAGGACCAACUUCCCUAUCUCUAAGGGAACCGUCUCGCUAUCGAUUGCCGAUGACGCAUGGAACGUAGCCUUUUACCUUGCCGUCGACGAGAAUCCCAUCUCCAUCAACUCCUUCCAGUCUCAGGUUGUCUCCAACAUCGCCGAGAUUGAGGCCGGCCACCAGUGCUACCUCCUCAAGAACGUCCCCAGCACCGUCACCGCCGGCACCAACGCCACCCUUCAGCUCAAGUACUGGGCCGACUACGAGGGCGAGAACAACAACGAGAGGCAGGAGUUCUACGCUUGCGCCGAUAUCACCUUCGUCGAACUCGCCGACUUUGACAUCAACCCUCCUUGCUUCAACGUCACCUCUUCCGAGUUCGACCCCCCCGCCUCCUCCCCCGAUUCCAGCUCUGGCAGCAACUCUGACAACUCUUCCACCUCCUCUUCUUCCUCCGGCGGUCUCUCCGGCGGUGCAAAGGCUGGUAUCGCUGUUGGCACCAUCGUUGCGUCUCUCGCCAUUGUUGCUGGUGUUGCCUUCUUCGUCUUCCGUCGCCGCAAGUCCACCCCUGUUGACGCCGAGGCUCCCGCCCGCAAGGAGGUCCGCGAGGUUUCUCCCGACCGUCACUCUUAA